AACCAGCUGAAAUGAGAGAAGCAAGUUAGCUGGCGCAUACAAAUCAAGCUGAUCUCUCGCUCCUCUCUUUUAACUUUUAUUUAUUUCCCCGUCCCCGGCCGUAUUUAUACCACCAUGUAUCCCCCAUAUCGCCUUCACCGUUUCUUCUUCUUUUCCCCACCCCUGAAGCAAGCAAGCAAGCAACCAACCAAGCUCAGAUCAACUACUGCUGUGCUCACCUCAGCUGGUCCUGACAACAGCGCAGGGGGGGCGCCAUGGACCUCCCCGUGGCGCUCGCCAUCCUCUUCUUCUGCGUCCUCCUCCUCUCCUCCGCCGCCACCGCCGUCCUCCUCAUCCGCCGCUGCCUCGCCGCCCUCCGACGCCCCUCCGACGCCGACCCGGAGGCGCGAGCGGUCGUGCCCCAGCAGCCGCAGUACGAGCUGGCCUUGUCAGCGGAGGAGGCGCCGGCGGCGGCCAAGCAAGCGACCGACCACAAGGACCCGCCGCGGCGGCUCACGUGGCGGGAGGUGGAGGCGCUGACCGGCGGCUUCGACGAGGCGGCCGUCGUGGGCAGGGGCGGCUCCAGCACCGUCUACCUCGCCAGGCUCCGGGACGGCGCGCCCGCCGCCGUCAAGGUGCACCGCUGGUGCGGCGGCGAGCGCCGCCUGCGCGCGUUCCGACAGGAGCUCGACCUGCUCCGCCGCAUCCGCCACCCGCGCAUCGUCGCGCUCAUCGCCUACUCCGACGCCCACGAGGAAGGAGGCGCGCUGGUCCUGGAGUACCUCGCCGGCGGCACGCUCGCCGACCGCCUCCACGGCGGCGGCGCCACGGCCCCUCCGUCGUGGCCCCAGCGCAUGCGCAUCGUCCACGACGUCGCCUGCGCCCUGGAGCACCUGCACGACGCCUCCGCCGGCGCGCCCCCCGUGGUGCACGGCGACGUCUCGGCGUCCAACGUGCUCCUCGACGCCCGGGGGCUCGGCGCGCGCCUGUGCGACCUGGGCUCCGCCUGCGAGGGCUUCUCGGCCGCCGUGGCGCCCACGCGCGCCGCCGUGGGCUCGCCGGGCUACGCCGACCCCUUCUUCCUCCGCACGGGCAUCAUGUCCAAGAAGUCGGACGUGUACAGCUUCGGCGUGCUGCUGCUAGAGGCCGUCACGGGCAUGCCGGCCGCCGGCGCGCCCGGGUCGGAGAACCUGGCGGCCCGGAUACUGCCGCGCGUCAGGGCGCAAGGGGUGGCGGGGCUCGUCGACGGCAGGCUAGGGGAGGGAUACGACGAGGAGGAGGCCGGCGACGUGGCGAGGAUCGCCGUGGAGUGCGUGGCGGCGCAGCCGGGGCUCCGGCCGGCGAUGGGUCAGGUGCGCGCGGCCAUCGCGGAGAAGGCGGCGAGGUCCAUUGCCAAGGCUCAUCUCGGUGACCACCAUAUUCAGCUGAGCAAGCUCUUGGAGCUCACAUGAUUCAGGAAGGAAUCAGGGCCGGGAGGACUUGCUUGCUCACAUGAUUUUCCUAGCACAUUGUUUGUUUAGAGUUAAGACGUCUUAGCUUAGCUUCACACCCUGUCUCCUCUAUUUUCUGUGUUUGUUCUUGUAGCAUGUAUAGUAGUGUAGUAAAAUCGUUUGGUUGUUAUGUUCUAGGGUACAAAUUAAGAUCGAUGGGGAAAACUUAGGCUUGUAAGAGAGAGAAAAAAUGAUUGUGCAUUAGACAACAAGACUUGAGAUUGACAAGAGUGAAAUGUAAAUAUGGAUGGAAUUAUCACAGCGUUUUCUUUCA